AGCAUUUUCUUGUUGUCAGCACGUACAAUCCCAAAUGCGCCAGGAAUGUAAGUGCCACGGCAUGUCGGGUUCUUGCACGGUAAAAACCUGCUGGAUGCGUCUUCCACCGUUUCGAGUAAUCGGCGAUACUCUGAAAGACCGUUUCGAUGGUGCGUCUCGGGUGAUGGUAAGCAACGUUGGGAACGCACACAGCAACAACGCGCAUAACAACAAAUACAACAAAAGUAACAACAUUAACAGUAACAGUAUUCACAAUCGACGGGAAGGAAAGGGUCGAAAACAGAAAUACGGCUUUCAGUUGAAGCCUUACAAUCCGGAGCACAAGCCGCCGGGACCGAAGGACCUGGUCUACUACGAACCAUCACCGGGAUUUUGUGACCGAAAUCCGAAAUUAGGGAUACAGGGAACGCACGGUAGGCAAUGCAACGAUACUUCGAUAGGGGUCGAUGGAUGUGAUCUGUUGUGUUGCGGACGAGGGUAUCGCACACAAGUGGUGGACGUAGUCGAAAGGUGCAACUGUACCUUUCAUUGGUGCUGUGAGGUAAAAUGUGAUGUAUGUCGAACGAAAAAGACAGUGCAUACAUGUCUGUAACCUACGGGCAUAUAAAACAAAAGGACUAUGUUAUAAAAUGACUAGAUCGCGAAUGCAAAUCCUGCAGGUGUUAUCAGUAUUAAUAUGAAUAGAAUUAUAAUUAGAUUCUUCGUGACAUUGUGAUUUUUGGUUAUUAAGUCACUACGUAAAGACGAAAACAUUCCUCGCUAACGAUUACAAACUGUAUGCAUAUCGGAUCGAUCGACUGCAUAUAAAACAAUCGCGCAGAUAUUUCCAUUCAAUUCAAUACAAAUUCCUCGAACUCGAAAAUUUCCUAAAUGAAUGUGUUUCGUUUUAAGUAUUGACGUAAUAUCCGCAACUAUUGCUAUUAAGUGAAUUGCGUGUCUCUUAUUAAAGACUGAUUUGAAAGUUAAUCUGUGAAUAUAAUGUAAUUAUCGGAAAACUUCUUUCUUAAUGAUAUUUCUUAAUUUAUUUAUAUGUAUUAUAGUCUCAAUCACUUACGAUUGUUUUAACGCUUAAGCCAUAACUUUUAUUCCAUACUUUUAUAUUUUAGCCGACAAUGCUUUUAACAUUGAAGAAUAAAAUAUUGUUAUGUACGCUUAAACCUUUAGUUUACUAAGUUUUAUUUAUUUAUGUAUUAUAAACAGUCGUAUUGUAUGCUGUUGUCAUGUAAUGUUCCGUGCAUAUUGUUAGUAAUUGCCCACUUCCUGUAAAAUUGUAAAUAUAUAGUGUACAUUUUGUCAAUUUUUGUGUAACAUAUAAUAUUUUUAUAAAGUAAUAUUUAUAAUCGUGGUACCUGUAUUUGUCUAUAUUACAAAUAUUUAAUAAA